AUGCACCGGGCCACGCCGUCUCCGGCGCCGCGGCAUUCGACCCCAUCACCGCCACCGGGAACUACCAAUGAGGCAAUGGCAGAGGCCAUCGCGGCGGCGUCAAUUCUAAGUGCCAACCAGUUCAAGCUGCUGUACCUCAUCAGUCUGUACGCUGUGGCGUCCAAUUCUACUCGACAAAAUGAACGCUGGAUUCGACACGUACCGUUGCUGGUACUAAUGUUUGAAGGCAUCCUGUGUGACGCCUUCGAUUUUGACUAUGCUCCAGCUUCAAUGCGCCUAUCCUUCAAGGGCAAGACGCUGCGACGCUGGAUAAACUUUUCACGAGAAGGCAAAGCGGCGAUCGAUGAUCUCUGGGCGCUGCGACUCAUUAACGGGCUUAAACUCUCUAGUGACGACUUCCAGCCCAUUACAGCGUACCAGGUAUCGAUAAAAGGUCAAUUGGCACUACGGUUGCUACCUCGAUACUUCCAGGACACAGUAGAUGCCUACCUAUACCCACCAGCACCACUAGAGCGACGACUGCUUGUUGUACGAUAUGAUGGUCAACACUUUGUGCUGCGUUCGGGAGGCUACAGCAAGCGGAGCAGUAUUACGGAGAGUGACGAUGUGUCGUAUGUAUCAAGUCCGUUCUUACCACGUUGUCUUCGGUCACGGUCUGGUGGAUACUACAAGGUUCAGGAGCGAAGUAAUGCCGAUCGCGCUCGAGAGUGCGCUUUGGGGGCUACAAGCAUCACUAAGAAGACGUCAGAAGCCCUAACGUUAGGAGAUGUGUACGCACUCAUCGGUGAGUGGGUUCCGUUUGGAACGAACCAAAUUGUGGCGUUGAACGAGCGUAUGGGAGUGCUUGAUCGCUGUCAGGGUGGGAUUCUCACGAGUUGUGUGGACAGCAAUCCCACUGACACGCAGUUUCGAGUCCCAGUAGGACAGACACAGGUUCGCGUUCUUGACUACGACUUUGUGCGCUUUACGAACUUUGAGGCGGAGAGCCACUUCCCAGAGACCCCGGGGAUCGUACAGAUUGAGAACUUUGGGAUGCACUUGAAUAGCGAUGGCUCGCUCAUUUACGGCAUCAAAGUUGAGGCCAUCAUGGAUCGUUUGGGCGACGAUGUAGCCAUUGACCAUCUCUCGCGGUUACUAGUGGAUGUACAUCAGGACUCGUCCAUGCUGGUCAACGAUCUACUGUCGCGCUACCAGUUGAGUCUACUUGAAAUGCUUUAUCUUGGGGAUUCCUUUCAACGCAACAAGUACAACUGUAUCCUUAGCAAGCAGAUACAGCCGAAGUUACCGGCUCAAGCCUAUGUAAGCGACCCACGAUAUGCAAACGAACUGGCUCAAGUACUGGGAGACAUCCAAGCUAGCCACGACUUGACUCCGGACGACGUGCUAGUUGUCGGUAAAGCCGGAUGUCUUUUCUCCGGCCCCAAUGUUUUUCGAUAUGAACAUGUCUUUACGUCCUACGUCGGGCUAGUGUGUCGUGAUAUCUUCAUCAAGAACUUCUUCGCACGAACAUUUGUACUAGACGCAACGCUGAAAGAAAUCCGCCAGCUCAUUCACAGAGUCCAUCGCGAACCGGCAACGGUAUUACUGGUCCGCGAGAAGCUUUCAGCGGUCUCAAAAGACACGAUCCUGCUAGCGGAGACGCUUGAGUACCUCUUAGACUCGCUUGAAAACGUCGAUCUCUCGCCUUCUCUUUGCUCCGAUGACUUAGAAGAUAGUGGAGACGAUGCAGUUAGAAGGAGAACAUUUCUCGGAUCUCCAGAGUCCGAUGUAGACGCGAAGUUAUUCCAAGUAUUAGCACUGCCUCAACUCAAAGCACAGACGAUCAUGCGGUGCCACGACUCGAUCAAGCUGAUGGAAAACACAAUGCUUCAACUGGAGCAACUCCAAAUGAUUGCUGAAAGAAUUUCUCUCGUCAAGCUUGACGCGUAUCUAGGAUCUCGAGGAGUGCAGACCAGUGUAGCUCUCCGGAAGGUAGCUACAAGUGGAACGAAGAAGGCCAGUCGAUUUCGACUGCUGAAAUGGCAGGAGACAGAUGCCGCGCUGUGGGGAGGCAUUCUUCCAGAGAUUGAGCUCUCUUUUGACGAUAAACACGGAUUUCUACUGUUCGUAUUACUGCGCUUCGAUGGUAAACGCACUCCGCGGAUAUUAGAAGAGGAGUGCUACCAGAGAUUUUUGGAGAUUUUCACCCGAGCUGAGAUUCUCCUGGAAAACCCAAUACCGUGA